CACCUAUAAAAAUGUGUAAGAAUAUAGUAGUAGGGUAUAAUAAUUUAUUUCGGAUUACUAAAAAUUCACGCAAUUCAAAAUAAUCUGUACUUUGACCUUGUAUACAGUUUAUCCCGUCGAGAUUUACAUAAACUGGCAAUUGGUAGUGAGAGAUUUAGAUGCUGAGAAAAAUCAAUCGCAACAUCCCGCCCACCUCCGGUUUCCAAGGCGACAAGUAAACAGUGAGGCGACGACUCGAAGAGCGAUACACGCUGCGUUGCAUUCUUAUUUUUGCUUUUCUAUUUAGUGUUUUUUGGAUUUGCAGUGAAGUGAUUAAAGAAAAUGGGAGAAGAAGUAGCAGCUGCUGGUGCAGCGGUCGAAAAAGUGGUGCACACUUAUCCACUUAUUAGGCACACAGAUAUGUCAGAGGAGAUGAGGGUCGAGGCCAUCGAGCUGUCAGUGACGGCAUGUGAAAAAUUCUCACAAAACAACGAACUAGCCGCUCGAAUGGUCAAAGAGUCGAUGGACAAGAAGUUUGGGCCGGCGUUCCACGUGGUUGUGGGAGAGAGUUACGGUUUCGAAAUAACAUACGAAUGCACAACAAUAUGUUAUAUGUAUUUUGGCGGGAAUCAAGCUAUCUGCAUUUGGAAAUGCUCCUGAAUGAUUCUAAAGUUACCGUAUAUUUGUUAACUGUAUACUUUGAGGGUUACUCCGUCCGAAGUUCCCUUCAAAUUUCAGAACGCCAGAACUUUAAACAUUCAAUGUUAUAACUUAUAAGACUUGGAAUUGUUGAAAACAUUAAAAUACCAUCCCAAGAUAAUAUUUAAAGAUGCGGAAUGCGUUGUGUACUUUUAAGACGAAGCUUACAUGUAACAUAUGUGCCUACACAAUGGAAUAUUAAUCUUUAUGCGAUAUAGAAAAAAAAAUAAGUUAAAAUUUAUAAAUAACAAAUCUAAUAUGCUUAAAAGUUGAUAGUUGAAAGCUUAAACUUUGUCGAAUAUUUUUAUGGUAAAAUUUCCAGUUUUUUUUAUAUCAUACACUAUUAUUUUAAAAGAUAAACAGUUUAAUUUUAUAAUGCCAGACAUAUUUUUAAAUGUACCUAAAUUUUGAAACUCUGCAUCGAGUAAUCAUUCAUUACAAUCUACUAAUAAACACCCAACAUACCGUUAAAUAAUUGUUGUAUAAUGAUAUGUUGUUUAUUCGACAUGUUUUUUUUUACAUAACGCUCACAAUACGUAACAACAACACAAGGAAUUCGACUGUUACUUCUAAUUUUACUUAAACAAACAGUCCUAUUCAUCUCAAUUGGCACCCUGUAUCUAUGAUGUUAAGUGUUCAAAGCUUUAUUUUUUUUUAACAAUUUCAAAGAAAGGCGAACAUUCUUCCACUCGAUGUUUCAAAAAUACUAUU